AGGAAACGUAACUUCCACAAGAACUUUCGGUAGAGGUCACUAUACGUUGUUGUUGAUUAAAAAUAUAGUUAUAGAAACUAAGUGAUAACUCACAAAAGAAAUAAGGUUCUGCCAAAAAACAAUUACUUUUUGAAGUCGAGUUGCCGAGUCGAGUCGAGUUGUCGAGUAAAUUAAUGUUAUCCUUAUCAUGUACUGUACUAAAUCGGUUAAAUAGGCUUUUUUCUUAGCUUUCGACUCAUCAUAUAUUUAUACAAUAAGCCUACGUUUCCAUUGAGGGGCGGAGACUUUCUCGCUCUUAGCCAAUGAAAUUCCAACCAACUAAAUUGGAUAUCAUUAGUAGCCAGUUUAGUGAUUGUACCGGGUCUUUUAAAAUCUUUAAAAAAAUAAAAAAUGUAAUAAUUAAUAAUUGCAUAAUAUGUUUUAAAUUGUCUAAAAAUGUUGUUAGAGCUUUGGAUCGAUACGCUGUGUGGGACGGUACUAAAAUGCCUGAGGAGCGUGGGACGGGGGCUGGGUAACCUUGGCCAUGUACUAUGUCUGAUCACGAUGCUCAGUCGUCAUCGGGUGCUCGAGGCAAGUUCACGUUUUCCGAACUCAUUUCUCAUUUUCGCGUCGAAUUUCGAUUUCGAAAUGCUUUGUGAUUAUUGUCAAUACCGCCGGAGAGCUGGUCUUCCUCUGCCGCCGCUCCCCAUCGAAGAAGACCAGACCUUCAACUACAGAUUACCAAAUCCAACUCGAAGCAACUCGAAUAUGGCACCCGCCACACCGCAGCCGUUAUCCGUUGACGGUUUGGACAUACCCACUCCUCCUCUGUCCCCUUUCAACGCACAGCGUAAACUGAUAAAGGGGCCUUGCCCUGUACCCUGCAAGUUGCCCAGUAACAACUGCCAAUUCCACAAAAAAUCUACCAAGCGUAAUAUAGCCACAGUUGGAGUUCCCCCCUCCCUCCUACCUCCCGCCGGCCGGGCUGCACAGCGAAGCAGGUCGUACAUUGCCUUCCCGGGCUAG